AUGUUGAUAUCAAAUUUCACAAGAAGUGGAACACAGAUGAAAACAUUUGAAGAACUGCUAUGUUCCCCCUCUUUAGUGGGUGGGCUUCAACAAGAAUCACUUUCCUUCGCAGCACUCAACAUUCUCCUCGCCAUCACAGCAUUUGUUGGGAAUUCACUCAUCCUUAUUGCCCUUCACAAGGACUCUUCCCUCCAUCCGCCGUCCAAACUCUUGUAUCGUUGUCUGGCAACAACUGAUCUGUUGGUUGGUCUCGUUAGCCAACCUCUCGCUGCUUCCAGCUGGAUUUUUAUUGCUCACGAACACUGGAUUCCUUGUCGAUGCGCAAUUGCCGCUACCUAUAUCAUAAGCUACGCACUAGGUGGAGUUUCUUUGUUGACAAUGGCGGCCAUAAGCGUGGACAGACUUCUCGCCCUGUUAUUGGGGCUGAAAUACAGACAAAUUGUCACUUUGAAGCGCACAUAUAUCAUUGUAGUUACCUUUUGGGUUCUAUCCAAUGUCGCUGCUUUAUGUUACACGUUAGAUUACCGCAUAUUCAUUUGGUAUGGUAUUACAGUUAUACCAUUAUGUCACGUUAUCUCAAUUGUGUCCUACACAAAAAUUUUUUGCGCUCUUGGUCAUCAUCAUACACGAAUACAAGAUCAUGUUCAACAACAGCCGAGCCAGUCAAAUGCAGUCAAUACCACACAAUACAAAAAGGCAGUGUUCAAUGCACUGUGGGUUCAGUUGGCAUUAGUUGUUUGUUAUUUGCCGUAUGAUUUAGUGGAAAUUGUGAUCAGACAAAGCAAAACUUAUUCAUCACACCUAGUCAUCAUGUGGGGUGCAGCAAGCAUAUUAGCUUUCUUUAACUCAACGUUAAAUCCGUUUCUGUACUGCUGGAAAAUCAGUGAAGUGAGACGAGCAGUAAAGCAAACGAUCAGACAAGCAUUUAGCUUUCCAUAA